UUUUAUGUCAAGCUUACGGUGCUGGCAGGUUGUGAGAACAGCAACCUGAACGCGCUUCUCAGGACUGGAGAUCGAUUUUCAGCCAGGCUCUUGGAGGGGCUGAUACAUUGCUGUGAACCAAGAUACCGCUUCUGCCCUGGUGAAAGUGAAGCUAUCAAAGUGAGCUGCGUUGGCUCUUGUGGCGUGUCCAACAAGGUCAAUGACACAGCGUGGACCGUCGAGGAGCAGUACUUCAACAGCACCCUCUCUCUGGCGGAUAAAGGGGUUCUGACAGCUGGCGAGCACACCUUUCCCUUCCAGUUCCUGCUGCCAGCCUCAGCCCCCACAUCCUUUGAAGGCCCUUUCGGAAAGGUGGUCCAUCAGGUCAAAGCCGUGAUAGACACGCCCCGAUUCGCCAAGGACCACAAGUGCAGCAAGCUCUUCUACAUUCUCUGCCCACUCAACCUGAAUGACAUCCCUGACAUCGAGCAACCCAACACCGCGUGCAUCACUAAGAAGUUCAGCUACAAGCUGGUGAAGAGCGGAAACAUCGUCUUAACCGCCACCUCGGACCUGAAAGGCUACGUCAUGGGGCAGGCAAUCCAGCUGCGCACCGACAUCGAGAACAAGUCUGGCCGGGACACAGGCACCAUCGUGGCCAGUCUCCUGCAGAAGGUGGCGUAUAAAUCCAAGCGCUGGAUCUAUGACUUGCGGACCAUCGCCGAGGUGGAGGGCUCGGGGGUGAAGGCCUGGAAGCACGCCGAAUGGAAGGAGCAGAUCCUCGUCCCUGCGCUGCCGCAGUCUGUGCUGCACGGCUGCAGUCUCAUACACGUGGACUACUACAUCCAGGUUUCCCUGAAGUCGCCAGAGGUUUCUGUCACUCUGCCCAUUUACAUCGGCAACAUCGCUGUGAACAGGGCUCCUCUCACCCCGUCCCGGUCGGUCCAGCACAUCCCGUCUGUCGUGGUCCCAUCCGCCCCGCCAGAAGAGGAGGAAGCAGCUGGUGGCUACCAUCCCAUGGACAAUGUUUCAAUCCCCACCAAAUGCCAUUCCCAACAUCAGCCGUUCAGCUACGCUCCGGGAUUGAGCUUCCAGGACCUAAGGCCGGACUCGGACCAGGCCGGCUCCCCAAACCACCCCAUGCUUUGCUUGUCGACAGGCGCGACCAUCCCCUACUACGCGGAGGGGACAGUGGUUCCGGUUCCCACGGCCAGUUCUCUCAUCUUGCCUCCGGAGUACAGCACGUGGGGUUAUCCCUAUGAGGCGCCUCCUUCCUACGAACAAAGCUGCAGCAGCGCCAACUCCAGCCUCAGCAACGGCACCUAGCCCUGUGCUCGGACCCCGGAGGGGCGCUGCUCGGCGCACGCCGGCUCCCCGUCCGGUACCACGCAAAGCGGCUUACACCUGCGGCCAACCAGCAGCCCCAGCUAGGCCCAGGCUGACGCUUCUAAGUCUCUGGUUUUGUUUUGUUUUAAAUAGAGUUGGUGAGAAGCUGUGUGAGGCGUGUGUCUCCGGGGUGGGGGGGCAGAACCAUCCAGCCCCCUCAGCCCCCCUCUCCUGUCACACCCCCGGGCCCAGCCGCUGCCUGCCCUCGGGCCGCCUUGCACAAGGGCCUGCGUUCCUGUACUGUAACCCAACACUUUAUCUGCUGCUUUAGUAUUGAAGCACCUGUGAUGCCUUAUUGAAAGUGCUACUGACGUGUCUGCUGUCGGCAUCGGUGGACUUGUGGGGAUUUUUUGAUGACUCUUCUUAUGGGGUGGGGUUUUUUGAGGACUGUUUCUAGUGGGGACUGGGCUCAGGAGCCUCUGUCCUCCUUAGCUGUAGCUGGCUUCCUCGGAGCCCUUCCCACCUGCUCUGCACCCCCCUUCACCCUAGUCACUGGGCCAGGCCUGCCAUGGAAGGAGCUCUCUGGAGGGGACAAAGGGUCUCCGGUGGAAGCUGUCCGCUUGGCCAUGCUGCAAAGCCACCGGCCUGCUUCCAGCCAGCCAUGACCUUGGCGAGCUGGGCUCUCCUUAGUAACUCUAGCAGGGCUCGUGCCGGGAUCAUCCCGGAUGGCCGGGGGAGGGGAGGGGAGAGGAGAGGAGAGGACUAUACAAUUGAAUGAGUUCUAACCUUUCCAUGGCACUUCUGAAACUCGUCUCCUGCAGCAAUAGAAUUGUCCAUAAAAACAGUGUAGGACUUUCCGAGCAACACCUGCUGCCCCCUAGUGGCUUCAUCCUUUUAAGUGCUGUGGACUUGGGACUAAGCCCUGCCAUGCCAGUCAAAUCCGCUGGGGGACUAGAAACCUCCUGGGCGCUUGGCCUCCACCAAGAGAGCUACCGUGACCCCUGUGCUCCUCCUCCCCCUGCUCUCCACCAGCUGGAAACCGACAAUCACGCUUCAAACUUUAACGCUACCUCUGAACUCUCCCAAGGCGCCUGCUGGGGUAGCUGCCUCCCUCUGGAACGAUCCGACGCCAGAACCUUGCUUGCAGGAGCUGCCGGGCGUGCAGCGGGAGGGAGUGCUGGAAAGGCCCUUUGCCUGUGGCCUACUCCUGCUUCUCCCCACAUCCAAGCUGGCUGCAGCUCCCAGCGCAAGCUUGUGCUGUCCUGGGGGAAAAGGCUGACCCACAGAGUAGGGUCCCCUGGCUCUGAAGGAAAACUAGCUUUGCAAGCUGCAGUGUGAACCAACAAGCAUGCCUUAGAGGGAGAGGCUAGGGCACCCUUUUUACAGUGAGCCUUUGGCCUGGUUUUUUUGGGGGUGCCCCUGUUGACCACCCUACCAGCCGCAGGCCUUUUUCAAAGCCGGUUCAGAGAGCCGUGGCCUUUCUUACUUCUGCCGCCACCUGCCUCUGCCAGUCCCAUCACCGGUUCCUGGGGGCCAGAUCCCUUUUCUGUGCAAAUGUCGUCCGUACUGUGGAACCGCUUUGGGGGGCGGGGAGGAUGGGAAAGGCCCGUUCCCUAGCAGCGUGGGCACGACCCCUCCCUCCGCACUGCGGGUUACCCAAUGAUUGUCCAGGGGCGCACAGAGCAAUCUCUGAAGUUCACCUUUGUUUUUAAUGACUGAAUUGGACAUAUUUUAAAGCUGUAUUUAAUAAAUUAUUCUGAGAAAAAUGGAGUGAUGCUCCCACCAGGGUGGUUUCUGUAUGCGCCUGGCGCAGGCCUCGGCUCCUGCGAGGGGGGGUCCCGGGCGAUGUGCCUGGUGCUCUGAGGGCAGUGGUAGGGAGGCGUGGCUCAGACACAGCGCUUCGCUCUGCAGCCGGAUGGGCGAGGGAGCAGGUAUGUGUCUUGAAGGCCAAGUCACGGUUCCUAGUCACUAGCGAACUGCCUACCCUCUAACGCCGUGGAGUCUGAUCCUCGGGUGCAGAGUUCCCUCAACUCCCAUUGGCUCGGCUCUGCCGAGGGGGAAUUGCUGCUAGGUUAGUUCACUAACUCGAUUGCAUGCCAGCGGGUGUUGUCUGAUCACUAGUGAAGUCACCGCUCUGUAACUUAGCAUGUGGGUUCAAUGCAAACCGGGGAAUCAGGAGGAAAAUCCAGUCGUGAAAUUGGAGGAUGGAGUUGGAACAGACAAGUCCUGGGAGAAAAGAUUGGAACCUAAUCAGUUUGUGCCAACUUCUGGGUCAGCACUCCUAGAAGUGCACUAAAAACCCCCACCAAUCCUCCACCUGCAUCCUCUAUGGAUUUCCUUUAGUUCUGCUUUUCUCAGACAGGAAAUGCUUUAUUAUCCAGAAGGCUCUGGGAUGUGAGCACACAAGGGGCAUGGCCCCUUUAAGAAGGUUUUGAUGACGAGUAAUAUCUCCAAGGCUGGGGAGAGCAAUUGCACAUUAAGUGGCUUUUCUGUGCUAGUUUUUUGAAGGCUGGCUCAGGCUCCGGAACCAGCGCCAGCCUCUCCAGUCACAGCUGUCUGCCUCCGUGCUAAAGGGGCUGCUCCCAGUAAAUAUUCAUGGGCUGCUGCCAGGUGAAGCUCACUUAGAGGGAGGUUUGUCUUCUCUUCUCCCCCCCACCCCCACCCCACUUUGCUGUCCCUUUUUGUAUGUUUGCACCUGAAUGCUGGCCAGGGCCUGUCCCCCACCUCCCUGCAGUGAGAUGCUACUUGUGCCCUGAACAUUUUCUCCUGAAAUUGAUGCCCACGGUCUUAGCACCGUUUUACACCAUGAAUGUUGGCUGUGCCGCUGUUCCUUUCCUGCACCCCUUUUGCUGCUGCUUGUGUUCCGCUAACCCAAAUUCCAUUUAAGUCCAUUAUCUAUAUCCUGGCACCACCCAGGAGCCCCUGCUGGGGUGCUGGUUUUGGGCGAGGUGCUGUACAGACCACAAAGACCGUGGCAGGAAACCUGCUGAUGUGACUGGGCUCUGGAUUAGCGGGCGGGUUUGGGCAUGCUGCUUGCCUCUGCCCCAUGUGGGGUUUUGGAAGAAGGCGGCCGUGUGAGCUGCCUCCACUAGGGCUCUGGCUGAGCCCACGUACCUGUGGCAGGACUGCUUGCUGAUGGAUGAGCCCACCUUCUGCUCCGUGUGAAUCCCCGGGGAGGCUUGCUGUAUCUGUGUGACGCUGAUGCUACUUGGGUGCUGCACGUAUGUGACUCUGGUUCUGCGCGGCUACACAAUUCUGUCUCCGCGGAAAUGAGCCCCGGAUGUCCAUGUCCGUGGCGGCAGAUCCCCGUGGAUAUCAAGCGGGGCAUUUGCAGGGGAGUGUGCUGCUUCUGCUGGAGCUGAUUUUGCAGCUGGGGGGCUAAAGGCCAAGCUCUGGGAUUCCCCUGCAGCCCCUUUGCACUGUGGGGGAGGGUUGAAAUGUCAUGUACCUUUGCUGGUGCGAAUUGGGCUCUUGUGCUCUGGGCGUGGUGCCUUGCACGUCUAGCUGCAGCGUGACUUUGGCAUGGGAGCUGCUGCAGAACUGAGCCUCAGGCACAUUUUCCCCCUUAUGUGGACAGCACUUGGCUUCCUAGAUUUCCCUUUGAAAUAAAGCAAGUCCUUCCGCCUCCUGCACAGGCCUCCAGGCGGUGCUGGUGUGAGAGGCCUGCCUUGUCCUCAACCAGCAAGUCUCAGACUGGGUGGGGACCCGAAGUAGGCUGACCCCCCUUUUUAAUGGGGUUGCCCAGGCUGGCCUAGACUUGCUGAAGCCUAUGCCCUGCCCCGGGGUUGAAGCUGAGGCCUGAGGGCUCUAACCCUGGGCAUCGACAGGCAGGUUACAGGCCCCUUCCUGGGGUUGUGGAAUGAUUCAAGUUUGAUUCACCAUCUCCUGAGACUCCCUUGGCUUCUCCCAGACGUCUGUGCUGGAGCUUGCUCGUUGUGUUGGCUUCCAAGCCCCGUUGCCUUUGAUGGGUUUCCACUUUCCCAGUACGGAGCAGAGUAAUUCGCCUCAGGUCGUGUCGCCUGUGGAGCAGCAUCUCUGUCUGCAAGCUGUGGGGGAGUGUUGGGGCAUCUGAUCUCUGGCUGCUGCCAGGAAAAGCUGCUGCCUCCCUUGAUGCAUCGUUCUGGGAGCCUUUGCUCUGUUCCCCCCUUGAGCGGCAAGCUGUCAGAAUUGGCAGGAAACCUGGGUGAGCCUUCCCUAGAUGGGUGAGUCUAGAACAG